AUGCGAGCUGCCAUUACAUUAACUGAAUCAGCUGUAAAACGUGUUAAAGAAUUAUUAAAACAGAAACCAGAAUCCAUAGCAUUACGAAUUGGUGUAAGACAACGUGGGUGUAAUGGACUAUCAUAUACACUCGAUUAUGCUCAAGAAAAGAAAAAAAUGGAUGAAGAAGUUGUUCAAGAUGGUGUCAAAUUAUUAAUUGAUCCAAAAGCACAAUUAUCAUUGUUAGGAACAGAAAUGGAUUUUGUUCGAGAUAAACUAUCUAGUGAAUUUAUAUUUAAUAAUCCAAAUAUCAAAGGAACGUGUGGAUGUGGUGAAAGUUUUAAUGUGUAA